GCCUUUUGUCCCCAGCCCAGCCAAGACCUGGGCUUGGUUGGGAUGUGGAGGUGGUGGUUGGGGCAGCAGUGGGUGAAGGAGCCGGAGAGCACAAAGCAGGCGGUACCGUCGUGCCCAUGUCCUCUUCCCAGCAUCUGCCUAGUGUCCCUGACAGGCCUCGAGGCUGAGUGGAGUGGAGCCCGCAGUGCUGAGCCACGCUGGGGCUAAGGAGGCCCUGAGGCCACCAGGACCCGACCCAGUGCCAGACUGGUUCCACAGGAGCUGGCAUCGUCUCCAAACAGCUGGGUUUCCGCCCACCUCAUGCGUGAGCUGGAUUGUCAGCUUCUGUUUGUGCAUGGAGACUGAGGGGGUGCGGGUCUACGGAGGAAGAUAGAAGAGUGGCUUCCUUGGUGGCCGAGUGAGAAGUCGCUAGGUGGUAGACGGGACCAGACCUGUAACAGGCCAAGAGUACGGUGUCUCUGAGAACUUGCGGAAGAUGGAGAUCACAGGUGUGUCAUGCCGGGACGUCUAUGCAAAGUUGCUUCACCGAUACCGACACAUUCUGGGCUUGUGGCAGCCAGACAUUGGGCCGUAUGGAGGACUCCUGAAUGUGGUGGUGGAUGGCCUGUUCAUCAUCGGCUGGAUGUACCUGCCACCCCAUGACCCCCACGUGGAUGACCCCAUGCGAUUCAAGCCUUUGUUUCGAAUCCACCUGAUGGAGAGGAAGUCAGCCACGGUGGAGUGUAUGUAUGGCCACAAGGGGCCCCACAACGGCCACAUCCAGAUAGUGAAGCAGGAUGAGUUCUCCACCAAGUGCAACCAGACGGACCACCACAGGAUGUCUGGCGGGAGGCAGGAGGAGUUCCGGACGUGGCUGAGGGAGGAGUGGGGCCGCACGCUGGAGGACAUUUUCCACGAGCACAUGCAGGAGCUCAUUCUGAUGAAGUUCAUUUACACCAGUCAGUACGACAACUGCCUGACCUACCGCCGGAUCUACCUCCCGCCCAGCCACCCCGACGACCUCAUCAAGCCCGGCCUCUUCAAGGGCACCUAUGGCAGCCACGGCCUGGAGAUUGUGAUGCUCAGCUUCCACGGCCACCGUGCCAGGGGCACCAAGAUCACGGGUGACCCCAACAUCCCUGCUGGGCAGCAGACGGUGGAGAUUGACCUGCGACACCGCAUCCAGCUGCCUGAUGUUGAGAACCUCCGCAACUUCAAUGAGCUCUCGCGUAUUGUCCUGGAGGUCCGCGAACAGCUGCGACAGGAGCAGCAGCAGGAGGUCGCUGAGGGCCCUGCCCUGCCCGAGGAACAGCCGGCCAGGGAGGCCGACACGGUGCCCGCUGGGGACAGCUGGAAGCCUGCAGCGGGGGUGGCUGCCGCUGAGCAGCAGGCCCAGUCUGGCAAGGGGCAGCCAUUCGUGUUGCCCAUGGGUGUGAGCUCCAGGAACGAAGACUAUCCCCGCACCUGCCGGAUGUGUUUUUAUGGCACAGGACUCAUUGCUGGCCACGGCUUCACCAGCCCUGAGCGCACUCCGGGUGUGUUCAUCCUGUUCGAUGAGGACCGCUUUGGGUUCAUCUGGCUGGAGCUGAAAUCCUUCAGCCUGUACAGCCGGGUCCGGGCCUCCUUCCGGAACGCGGAUGCGCCGUCGCCACAGGCCUUUGAUGAGAUGCUCAAGAACAUCCAGUCCCUCACCUCCUGACUGCCGCGCCUGCCGAGGGCCAGCCUGGCGUGGGCCCCGCCGCCG